UAGUAACAACGCGAAAGGUCUGUUGGAGUAUAAGAGCGCGUGGAGAGACUAUAAAACAAGUUUAUUUUUCACAACAAAGAUCAUCCAGUUAAAUAUGGAUUCAGUAGUUCUACACGGAGAGGCUGAAAUGUAUAUUCAGAGUCUGGAGAGGAUGUCACUUCGUGAAAUCGGAAGUCCAAAGUGGUUUCGCCAGCACGAGUUCAUUGAGAAACUUAAUAUGCAAGCUAUUCUAAAUGCUAAGGCCUGUCAAGAGGAAUUUAUCAAGGACCUAUUGGUUUCACACGGAAAGGUACCCACACUGAUACAUGCACUGAUACUUACAGAAGUCUGGAAACAUAAAUUGUUUCCCAUAAUUUGCAAACUAAAGGACUUCAAUCCAAAGAGCACAUUUCAACUCUACAUGGUGAUUCACCACGAAGCUACCAUUAUAAAUCUCUUGGAGACAAUUAUGUACCACAAGGAGUCCAGUGAGUCGGCUGAUGAUGCAGUGGUUGACUUGGUGGAUUACUGUCAUCGUAAACUCACGCUGCUGGCAGGACGCUCUGUCUGUGGAGAGAUCCCAGCUAAGGACCGAAUUACACAUGUACCACUGUCAGAUGCCGCAUCAAUACAGGAUUUGCAAAGACAAAGUGAUAUGUUAGAGUUUGAGAUCUCUGUCAAGGCUCUGUCAGUGCUGUGCUACAUUACUGAUCACAUAGAGAGCUUGAGUUUAAGUGUGCUUACAAGGAUGCUGAGCACUCAUAAUUUGCCAUGUGUGCUGGUUCAGUUGGUGGAAAACUGCCCCUGGAACAGAGGUAAAUCAGAGAAAUACACAGAGGGUAAGUGGAGUCCUGUCCUGCCAGAGGAUCACUUAAAGUUGAGCAAACAUGAUGGCCAGGUGUGGAUUGCUUUGCUUAACCUAAUACUCAAACCAGACUGCCAGAAGAAAUAUGAUUUCAAUACCUUUAACAAAAAUCAACUCUUGAAGCUUCGUGGACAUUUGACAGACGCUGUGAUAGAUCAGUUACCAAACCUAGUUGAUCUGAAAAACUUUCUCAGUCAGCUUGCUCUCACAGAUCCAGCACCUCCUAAAAAAGAUCUAAUCUUGGAGCAGUUGCCAGAGAUAUGGAAUAAUAUUGUAAUGGAGAACUCCAACAAGUGGAAAGCCAUUGCUAAACACCAAGUGACACACGUUUUCAACCCCUCUGAAAAUGACUUACGAGAACAAGCUAGCAGGUUGGCUGAAACAUAUAAUCUGGAUGUGAUGGAGAAUCUAAUCCCAGACAAACCCAAGUGCGGAUCUUGUGGAAGACAGGGUGCAAAACGUUGCUCUCGAUGUCAGGGAGAGUGGUAUUGCAACAGAGAAUGCCAGGUGAAACACUGGCCCAAGCACAAGCCUGUGUGUCAACUUAUGACAGAUGCUAUGCAAAAACUGCAGAAGGAAUUGGUAAUCAAAAGCUAAGGUACAGCAUUGCAAAAUGCAAGAAGUUGGUUGGAAAAUGAGCAACACAUAAGAGGAAUGCUGUGUAACAAGUACAUAUGAACACAAAGACUAUGAACUGAAAUAUUGUUAAUGGUUUCUUUAAUGAGCUGGUCAUCAUAAAUAGUGAGGUAUAAUACCUAGGAAAAUGCCUAUACAUAUGCUUAUAGCCUAUAAGUAUGCAUGUUUAAAGAUAAGUUAUAUUUCAAAUUUUUUUGAUUGUGGAAUUUACAAACAGUAAUGCAUUAUUAAAUAUAAAAUAGUUUAAGUUCUUUCUGUUGUGUUAAUGUUAAACAAUUGUCAAACUGGUCUGAUGCAUUCUUUUAGCAUUCAAAUAUUCAUAUAAUUGCAUGCAGCAGAAUAAUGCCUAAAUAAAACCUUUUACCUUAUCUGUUUCUUAAAAUUAAAGGGUUGCAAUUCUUGAACUCUUUGGUCUUCAAGCAAAGAGCCCUAACAUAUUAAAAGUAACCAAAAACUAUUUUAUUGUGAUUAAACAAAUGAAAGGAUCACUUGGACCAUGCAUAUUAAACUUCAGUCAUGGGGGGGCCACAUAUUCCUGCAGUGUUUAGCUCCAACCUUAAUCAAGCAACCUAGCUAAAAAAAGUCUUCAGUAUUACUUCAAAUUAAAAAUCGGUGUUGGAGCAAUUUUGGACUGUAAACCCUGCAUGAGGCUUUUCAGGCAGUUUAAUACCUAACUUGGAAAUAAAGGUCACUUUGAGUUGUAUGCUUUAAGAACAAGUGUCCUUAAGGUUUCAAAUAAUUUACCUGGUUGUCACAAUUA